AGCCCCUCCUUGGGUGCCGUUAUGUGAUACUUGCACACUUUGGCUACCAGUUUUAACACGUGUCCGUCUGUCUGUCUGUCUGUUCAUCCCACAGCACUGCAAGAGAGGGGGAUUAGAGCACUCAGGAUGGGGGAUGGAAGGAGCUCCAAUACUGCAGGAGUUACGGAUUUAUUUCAGCACCAGGGAGCUCUGGAGCUCCUAGUCUUCAACUUUCUUCUCAUCUUAACUAUCCUCACCAUCUGGCUCUUUAAGAACCGUCGGUUUAGGUUUUUACAUGAAACAGGAGGGGCUAUGGUCUAUGGCUUGGUGAUGGGUCUAAUCAUACGUUACGCUACAAAACCAUUUGAACCAGACAGCGAGACGGUGUUUGAAUGUGAAAGUCUGAAAAGCAACCCUUUACUGCUUCAUAUAAAUGUCACAAACAAAGUCUAUGAGUAUGAGUACAGAGGAGAAAUAAACAAGAACAAUAUGAACAGUUUCCAAGGAAACUCCAUACUGCAAAAGAUGACCUUCAACCCAGAGGUUUUCUUCAAUGUACUCUUGCCGCCUAUUAUAUUCCAUGCUGGAUACAGUUUAAAGAAGAGACAUUUCUUCCGGAAUUUGGGAUCUAUUUUAAUGUUUGCCUUUCUGGGUACAGCCAUCUCUUGCAUUGUGAUUGGGUUGAUAAUGUAUGGUUUUGUUAAAGCCAUGAUGCGGCUGGGACAAAUACAAAUUGGUGACUUUCACUUCACAGACUGUUUAUUUUUUGGCUCUUUGAUGUCUGCUACUGAUCCAGUGACCGUACUGGCUAUAUUCCAUGAACUACACGUGGAUACAGAUCUUUACACACUGCUAUUUGGGGAAAGUGUCCUGAAUGAUGCUGUUGCUAUUGUCCUGACGUAUUCCAUAUCCAUUUACAGACCGAAGGAGAAUCCAAAUGUAUUUGAUGCUGCAGCAUUCUUCCAGUCUGUGGGCAAUUUCCUGGGGAUUUUUGCUGGUUCGUUUGCAAUGGGCUCUGCUUAUGCUGUUGUCACAGCUUUGAUAUCAAAAUUUACUAAGCUGUGCGAGUUUCCGAUGCUGGAGACUGGGCUAUUUUUUCUACUUUCGUGGAGUGCCUUCUUAUCAGCAGAAGCAGCAGGACUCACAGGUAUUGUUGCUGUUCUAUUUUGUGGUGUCACACAGGCUCAUUACACCUACAAUAACCUAUCAGAAGAGUCAAAGCUGAGAACCAAACAGCUCUUUGAAUUCAUGAAUUUUUUGGCAGAGAACUUUAUCUUCUGUUAUAUGGGCCUAGCUUUGUUUACAUUCCAGAAUCAUAUAUUUAACGCUCUCUUCAUAUGUGGUGCCUUCAUCUCUAUAUUUGUAGCGAGAGCCUGUAACAUAUAUCCACUUACCUUUUUCCUGAAUUUGGGACGGAAAAAAAAGAUCCCACGGAACUUUCAACAUAUGAUGAUGUUUUCAGGUUUACGAGGAGCAAUAGCGUUUGCUUUAGCUAUUCGUGACACAGACUCUCAGCCGAAGCAAAUGAUGUUCACUACAACACUGCUUAUAGUGUUCUUUACAGUGUGGGUGUUUGGAGGUGGAACCACCCCAAUGCUGACAUGGCUACAAAUCAGGGUGGGUGUGGAUCCAGACCAGGACUUAAAAGAAGAAGAUACAGGAAAUCAGAGGCCAGAAACCCAGAAUAAAAGCUCGACAAAGGCAGAGAGUGCUUGGCUGUUCAGGAUAUGGUAUGGCUUUGAUCACAAAUACCUUAAGCCGAUCCUAACACAUACGGGACCUCCACUUACCAGCACAUUGCCGCAGUGGUGUAAUCCCAUUGCUCAGCUGCUGACAAGUCCCAAAGCCUAUGGGGAGGAGCUGAAGGAUGAUGAUACGGACUGCAUUGUAAACCACGAUGAACUGACCACCACUUAUGAAGAAAGAGCUUCCAAUCUAUUUCCAGUUGUGGAACAGCCAAGCAAAUCAGGGGAGUCCGCUCAGAUGGAUGGCACAGAAAAUGUGCAUGAAGGAGAUCUUGGUUUGGGAGGAUAUGAAUUUAAACUUGAUAUUGCUUCCAAUCAGCAGGAUACAUCAAGAGGAACCAUGUAUUAAUGGUAGUGUGUUGUUAAGGAAAAGUAUAUUUUGUUCGUGUAAGGUGCCUUUAGUCUUAAAGGGACACUAUAGUCACCAGAACCACUACAGCUUAAUGUAGUAGUUCUGGUGUCUAUAGCAUGUCCCUGCAGGCUUUUGUGUAAAUGCUGCCUUUUCGGAAAACAAUGCAGUGUGUACAUUGCUGCCUAGUAAUACCUAUAGUGUCAUUUACUCAGACAGCCACUAGAGGUGCUUUUUAGUCCAGUUCUGCAUAGUGUGCAGCACUGGCGUUCAUUUUCUCAACGCUCUGCGUGGAGACGUUGAAUGUCCCCCAUCGAUUCAGUGCAUCUCUGUGAGGAGAUGCGGUUUGGUGCGGCACAUGCACAAUAGCCUUCCAAUGGGAAAGCAUUGAAUUGCCUGAGAUCAUCAAGAUUGAUGAUCUCAGAAAUGGAGGCAUACGCAGACAAAGCCAGCUGCUGCAAGACCUAAGAUCGCAGGGGGACCAGUCACCUAAACAGAACUUUAGUUUCAGGAGUAAAUGUUUGUAUUCCUGACACUAUAGUUUUCCUUUAAAUUAAAAUAAAUAUACCAAAGAAGCACAUAGAAACCUUUUUAAGGGGCUAAAUAAAUCGUAACCCAAUUAGCACAAGCAGAGCCAUACAUGCAUACAUUCCAUAGACCAUUAAUGUCCCUUGAAACUGUGACUCUACCGGUUUCUAUUAUUCCCCUGGUCAUCUAUGCAUAUAGUGAUAAAGAAACACUUAUGACCGGGGUUGCUAACAUUUUAAAUUAGUCUCAGACAUCCAGGUAUUAUAAGUAAUACGGAAGCGAUUUCUCAAGGAUUGGCUUUGUUAUGCCAGUGAUGUUAAAUUUCCAUGGCACACAGUUUAAUAGUAACAUUGACUAUACUACCUUCCUUCACAAUAUAAACAGAACAAUCAGAUUAAUUACAGUGAUUGAAGGCAAUGUCUUAUGUUAGUACUGGUUUACUAUACAAGAGUUCUCUUUAUAGAGCCACGGUCUUAUAUCCGUUUACUUAGGGUGAAUAUGAGAAUCUCCAGAAAGAGUGUACAUGUAUACCCAAAUCAUUCAAAUUAGAAUACAUUCAAGUUCCACGAGACAAAUGUCCCCAUGAAGGCUAUUAUAGUAUUUUAAUAUUAUAGAUUAGAGAAAAUCCACCAGUAUGCAUACGUGUCCAACAUCACUUGUACAUAAACCAAAAUGGAACGUGAGCAAGGCACAGACUAAAUUUCCUAAACAUUUUACCAUUCACUCUGCCUUUAUAUCAGAUUACCAAACCUUUAUUUUGAAAACAUGCAGAUAUUAUUAUGCAACUGUAUUAUGCACUGGAGUACUACCAAAACUAAUAAAAAAAAGAGAUAUGAGAAAAAAACAAACCUGCAGAUAUCCAGUUCCCCUGACAGCAAAGUAUAUAUACACAUACCUCCCAAAUGUCCCUCUUUAGGAGGGACAGUCACUAUUUUGGGUGCAAAUCCCUCUGUGUCCCUCUUUUCUAUCCUAAUGCCCCCCUUUUCUUGGUGUUCAAUAUUGUUGGUGUGUCUGAGAGUAUAACAGAGAUCCACAGCAAUAAUAAUCACAGUAAUGUGUCUUUAAAUUGCAAUAAGUUUGUUGAGAAAUCACUCUGAAUAAAUAAGAUACAUUGUUUUUGUUCUUAAUAUUUUAGCUGGACAAAUUGUCAUUAGUAAGUCAGCCCUCCCAUAGCCACAGCCCCAAUCAAACCCACUAAAAUUAAAGAGUCCCUUUUUUGUAUAUUUGAAAUGUUGGGAGGUAUGUAUACAUUCACUCAAACAAUCACAAAUACUAUCAUCAGACCUAGAUAAACACAGAAUUCAUCCAUAGCGUUAGAAAUCACUGCCUCAUUCCAAGUCUCUUGGCCAGUAAGCAUCAUAUGUUCUAUUUCCUCCAAGCUGUGGCUACUACAGCAGUUUUGAGUUUACAACACAAAGCUAUUAUUGGUUUUAC